UCACUGAAGAACUACUGGACCAGGAAGUUUACAGAAUAUUAUUGUCAGAAGUAUCAGUGUGUAAUGAGUACCGGUGUGAUAGUAGACUCUAGCAUUGGAUGUAUUGAGCUUAGAGCAACGGGCAGUACAUGUUCAAUACAAAACCUUCGGAGGCCUACACCGUGGGAAGUUGUAUAAUUAUUUGUUUCUAUGCUGGAUAUUUUUUUACAGAGAUAGGUCUUCUGUUUAUUCUGAAAACAGAACUUCAACACUAGUACAGUACUUCUGUUAUUGAUUGCAAUUGUGUCUAGAAUACUGCACAAAUAUUUAAUCAACUGAAACGAUAUUAUUUCAUCAUUGACAACCUUUGCAGUCAUAUCUGUCUAUUACGCUAUAUUGCGCUUGUUUAUGCGAAAUUUCUGUAGUUGUGGUUUGCCGGUUUUUUUCACACUACAAGAUAUUUCAUUUCUUCCUUCAGCAAUUUAGAGAUUUAUAUUUGUCAGCAGUAAGUCUGAUACGAUAGUCCACUGUCUGAUGUGACAUUUCCACGGAUCAGAUAUUUCUAGAUUAUUUUUUGUCAGAAUUUCAUCACUUUUUUCUUGGAAUCGUAAAAACAUUCACAUGAGAUAUUAUGCUGAAAGUAAAAACAAACAAACGAGAAGAGAAAUCUAGAUCGCAGUGGUACGUUUUUGAUGAUAUUCCAAAGGAAUUAUCAAAUGGAGAAGCGACGGAGAUUGUGAGUGGUGUUAAACCAGAAAUUAACGGAUUUCACUCGGCUAGGAUAGAUCUAGAUGAAAUUUCUGAGGAAAACAAUAACCAGCACAUACCACCAGACCUGACAACAGAGGAGCUGAAGCUUCUAGAAGAAAUUCGCCGUGCAAAACAAAGACUCCUAAAAGAGAUUCAGGAACUGGAAAAUGAAAUCUCAAACGUGACUACGGAGUUAGAAGGAAUGGAUCAAUAUGUUGGCAAACAAGGAGACAAUACACAAAAUAUGCUUAACAAGGGAAGAAAGAAAUUUAACAUGGACCCACAAAAGGGGAUUGACUUCCUUAUCCAGGAAGGUCUGUUGAAAAAUACCCCGGAAGAGGUUGCACAAUUUCUCCACAAAGGAGAGGGUCUAAACAAGACAGCUAUCGGAGACUAUUUAGGAGGAAGAGAUGAGUUUAACAUCAAAGUAUUGGAAGCAUUUGUCAAUCUGCAUGAAUUCAACGACAUGAUACUAGUGCAGGCAUUACGGGAGUUUUUAUGGAGUUUUCGUCUACCUGGAGAAGCUCAGAAGAUUGACCGUAUGAUGGAAUGUUUUGCCAAAGGGUAUUGCGAAACUAAUAAAGGUGUAUUCGAGUCGACAGACACUUGUUAUGUACUGUCAUUUGCGAUUAUCAUGUUGAACACGAGUCUGCAUAACCAGUCCGUCAAAGAUAAACCGAAUCUGGAUCGAUUCAUUUCGAUGAAUCGCGGCAUCAACGACGGAAAGGAUCUACCACAUGAGUUGUUGAGCAGUUUAUACGAAAGCAUCAAGAAGGAACCAUUUAAAAUCCCAGAAGAUGACGGUAAUGAUCUAACUCACACAUUCUUCAAUCCCGACAGGGAAGGAUGGCUAAUGAAGCAAGGUGGACGGUACCGUAACUGGAAACGAAGAUGGUUCAUCCUUACUGACAAUUGUCUUUAUUACUUUGAAUUUACACAGGAUAAAGAGCCACGAGGCAUUAUACCACUGGAAAACUUAGAUGUUAGAGAAGUUGAAGACCCUAAAAAACCACAUACUUUUGAAUUGUUUGCCGCUGAUGGCCGAGACGUUAUCAAAGCCUGUAAGACUGACACAGAUGGGCGAGUAGUAGAAGGCCGCCAUCAAAUUUAUCGUAUGUCAGCGUCAACCGCAGACGACAAGGUGGAUUGGAUCAAAGCAAUAAAGUCAAGUAUAAGCAGGGAUCCAUUCUAUGACAUGUUGUCCGCCAGGAAAAAGAAGGCGUCGAAGCAAUAGACAGACUGCAGGGACUUAAAUCACAUCCAACGUGAGCACACAUGAUUGUAGAAGGCCGUUAGUUGGAAAUGAUACAAUUCAUGUAAAGAAAUACAGUAAUGUUGUCUUCUAUAUCGAUUGAUUGAUUGAUUGUUGUAUCCAACAAUCAUGUGAAAGCCAUGUGUGGUUGCCAUGACAACUGUUGACAGACAGGUUAAUGAACAUGUUAUUGUCAAUCAUGUCAGUUUAUUCGGGAAGGUGUUCUGAUUUAAAUGCUUCUAAUUGGUCAACGGUUGCAACUUCCUUAAGGUAUGAUUGGCAGUGAUCUUACUGGGGAACUUCUGACAACCGGAAGCUCAAUGGAGAACCCAGGGAGAACCCCUGAUGGCAGGAAUGUCACUGGUGAACUCCCUGAUCACAGUUAAAGGAUGCUGAUACUGGAGUCUUGUUAAAGUUUUUUACAGCUAAGGUUAACUUGAUGAAGAAAGUAUAGAGAACUAUAAACUUCAGAUGUAUUAUUUGGAGAGAUAUCCAGCUUAGAAGAUGCUGCCAUGUAGAUAAACAGGAAUGGAAAACAGUAGAUCACCAGAGUGGAUCUCUAGUUUAAAUGGAACUGCAAGGUUGUACUGCCCUUGUAGAGACUUCAGUCUGAGACAGGGAUCUUCAUUACAUCCCGGAUUCUAACUUAGUGAUUGAAUACAAAAUAUACACAAGAACAUGCAGAAGUUUGUGCUUCAACCGCCAGAUCUCCCCAGUAUUGGACGAAUUUAAUGGUGCAUCGCAUGAAAGCACUAUCUGUAUUUCUUUCUAAACUUUAAAAACAUUUUGAAGAACCUGUAUUUGAAACUUUUGGUUAAUUGCCCUUUUAUUCUCAGCAAGGGGGCAGGCUCCCCCAGUGCAAAAGAGCAUUGUACUAAAAUCUAUCAUGCCUAACUAAUUGAAACUUUAAGAAAUACUCAAUACAAUUUAAAUAUAGCUGUUGAUUCCAUCAAAAAUAUAAUUAUGUGGAUUGAACUAAGAAAAUUUUUUUCUCAUUUACAGAGAAAUUUCAUUUUGAUAAGAAAAUAUUUGAUUCACCAAAAAUAUAUAAUGUAUAUACCUUCCUUAUUUACUCUUUUUACUUACUAUUAUUUGUGUGUAGUUUCCUUUUUAACAAUAUCUGCAUUUCGUAGUUGUUGCCUGUGUAAAAAAAAAUGUAUUUUCUUUUUUUUUUAUUGCCGAAUUUAUCCUAAAAUAACUCAUUUCAAAGAUGUGAGCUUAUUGUCACUAGAUAACAUUCCAAUGAAAAACGGAAUGGUUUAUCAUAAAUGAUCAAAUAAGUGCUACUACAUUUAUAAUUUAAUGAUUCAGUGAUACGCUUAUUUUAGCGUGUCACUGAGAAUUGUUUCCACUGUUACCAUAUUGUAAUAUGUAUUCUCUGUGCUGUAUUUCAUAAGUGCUGGGACACUGUAUGAAAUAUAUCUUUCUUAAUUACCACAGCACUUGUUCGAGUGCAAAACUGAAAAUAAUCAUGUUUGGUGCCGCAUUUAUUCAAGAACUUAGGUCAAAAGAUGUGCUUCUUUGAUCAAUUAUGGUUAAGGAAUUUAUUUGUUCUGUGGAUUAAUAUCAUGUGUUUGCCACAAAACAAAUAAAUAUCAUUGUGUAAAACACUUUCAAGAAUGAAUGUUUAUCUAAGCUUUUAUUUUAAAUAAGCAUAGAAUGUAAUAUUACUGCCAAACCAGUGAGGCUUGAAAGCAUUCAAUUUUUAGAUAACAUGUUUUGCAGAGAUAUAUCAAAUAGAAAACAGAUUUGACACCCCAUAAAUAAUAAAAGACUUCCGGCACUGAUUUAUACUGUAAAUAAUAUAGCCACGUACUGAAUAGUUAAAAGAAACCCAUGCCUUCAUAAAUGAAGAUUUUUUUUAUGUACAUAUUUUUAUUUGCAUGUUUGUUACUUAUGAGUCAUGGCUAUCUUAUCUGACCUAGUACUGUCAAAUGAGACUUUAGAAUUUUCUAUAUCUGCACAUGAAACUUAAUCAUCCAGAAUUGUUCUGUACUGACAUCCGAGAGUAAAUUAUCAAAUCAAAUUUGCUGUAUUUUCACACACGAACUAGAUUAUCCAAUCAGAAUUGUUUUAUAUUGACAGUAAAUUAGCCAAUCAAAGUAGCAUUUUCGUACACAUGAAAUUAGAUUAUCCAAUCAGAAUUGCUCUACAAUGACACCUGACAGUAAAUCAGCCAAUGAAGUUGCUGUAUUUUUACAAAUGUAACUAGUUUACCCAAUAAAAAAAAAAUUAAUUUAAUUUAUACUGAAACAUGGUGCAAAGAUAUUAAAGUUUAGCCUGAACGACGGGAAAAAAUGUAUUGAUAAAAUUCAAAAUUCUGAAUUCUAUGUUUGUACUUGGAUAUCCUGAAUGAAUUUUUUCAUUUUAAUUUUGUUCAGUGAAUGUAAUUAAAAGAAAAUAUUUUAAAAUGUAUAGAUAUGAAAUUUAUAUAUAUACUGGUAUCCCAUUUCUUUACAUAAAUCUUUGUUUUAAGAUGUAUAAUUAGCUGAACAUCUCAGGUUUAUGGAAUAACCUUACUACAGUAUUUACAUAUAUUAUUAUAACGUUUUGAAGUUUACUCAGAAAGUGCAGUAUAUUUUAAAAUACUAAAGUUUACAUGAAGAAGUUUUUUAGUAUCUGCGACAAUGAAGAAAGCAAUUAAUUUAUCCAGCGUAAUUCUGGAUAUUUUUGACUAUGAAAUGGUGUUUGAGUAGAGUGUAUAUAGAAACAUGUGGAUCCAAUGGACUGGCACUAAGCCCCGCCCCUUGGAUAUUGUUGCUAAGGUCCCACUAAACGGCAACUGAACAUGCGUGAACACAUGCGUUUGUAGGACAACAUGUCUGUAUAAAGGCAAAGAUACUAGAAACACAAGAGUUCUCCACAGAAAAAAACUGUUCCACCGAAAUGCAUGGUGGGGAGUACAAACAAUGGUGCGCCGCGUACGGCUGGAUCUAAAAAAACUUCUGCCACCGUUACAUAACUGUGAAAUAUAUAAUCUCCUUUUGCGGAGGUUAAAUCGUUGCCAUUAUCCAUAAGAUACAAACAAGUAGGCAUAAAUAAAUCAAAACAAUAAGAAUAUACAAAAAUGCGCAGAAUCAUAUGAGCGGACUCUGAUUAGUGAUAAAGCUUUCCUCCAUUAGUGGAAAAAGAAGGGCGCCGUGUGUGUCUGGAUAUAUCUAGCAACAGAAGGGCGCCCUGUACAUCUGGAUCAAGUAUAGAAAACUUUACUUCAUUAUAAAAGAGAAGGGCGCCGCAUACGUCUGGCCCAAUUUCCGCCUCAUUUUUGCUUUGUGGGUGCUCUAUUGUAUUUCUAGUAUCUUUGAUGUAGGGUAAGCACAUACGCCUGUUCCUAUUCUCUGAGUGGUUAGUUGUUAAGUUUGAUUCUUCUUAUCAUGUCUAUACACGAGUUCAUAAUCUGUUGAGCUAUGUUGGUUUUUUUUAGGAAACUCAAUACGAUUUUCAUGUAAUAGUUGUGAAAGUAUUGGUAGGGACAAGGCCACAAUGUGAACGCUCCUUUCUUGGCCCCUGUUACAUUUAACACUCUGGGAGGAUCCGUUAAAUAUCAUCAAACUUUGGGGGUCACUGUCCAUUCUGGUGUAAGGGUGCUUCUCUACAUUAACACCUCUCUGCCCCCAGGAGUAUAAGUGGGUUGUCAUUAUAUCUAAAUCUGGUGCAUCACUUCGGAAUAUUCAUCCUACAGUAAGCUGCAUGUGUGUUCUGUAGGUGUUACAAAUACAAUGACAGAAUGUGAGGCAUAUGGAUACAUUAACAUAAUGUGCUAUACAAUACCACUACCAGACACAAGUAGUUUAUGAACUACAUAUAUACAAACCAUUAUUUUAAAAAGACAAUAUGUAUAGGUUUUUUCCUUUGUUAAGACAUGAGUUAUAGUAGAAAUAUCUUGGGUUGGAAUGCUAGAUACAUUGUCUUCAAGCCUUGUCUAGAUUAUCAAAUUUUCUUUGACAAAAGACUGUUGUAUGCCCAUUUUAUAGCAUGAUGUGCCUAUAUAUGGUCAUGAUGUGAUGUCAUCAUGACCAUAUUUAGGCAUGUCACAUGUUUUUGUCGAAUAAAAAUUUGACAGUCUAAACAGGGCUUUAGAUAGGAAUGGAAGUUUCAUGUACAGUAUUUGUCUUUACUUAUAGGCAUUGGUGGCUACAUAGAGAACACAUUUUCUAAAGGUAUUUAUGUUGGGCUGAACUUACUUCUGCACAACUAAUGUGGAGUUUUAUUUCAUCCAUUAUAACAGUAGACUUGUAAUUACUACCAUUGUAUUUUUAUAGUACUUUUUUCACAGUGUUAUAUUUUCACCAUUGUGUUUCAUCUUGUGUAUAUUUUCACCAUCCUAAAGGCAAUGAAUAUGAGCUGCAUCUACUUCUGCACAACUCAUGUAAGAUUGUAUUUCAUCCAUUGUAACAAUAGACAAGCAGUUGCUAUUAUUGUAUUUUUAGUAUUUCUUUCACAAUGUUAUAUUUUCACUAUUGUGUUCCAUCUUGUUUAUACAUUCACCAUAUUCAAUGAAUAUGCCAUACUAUAUCAUAGUAAAACUAUCGUAAUAUUUUUAUUAGUAUCGUCAAAGCAGUGAAUGUUGACUGUCAUACUGACCUGACUGAACAUUUUGCACAGUUUAAUACAUUAUUUAAUAUUACUUUAUAAACAUAGGAAGAUACUUUGUCAUUUUUAUUCAGCAUGUUAUUAAGUGGAUAUAGAAAAAUUAAUAGGUAUUUGAAAUAGAUUUUUACAUCAUUUGUCUCAUGACCACUAUAGCGAUAUUUAAAUUAUAUCUAAUCUUUGAUUUGUGAAAUUCAUGAUGCAUACAAUUAACUAAUUAAUUAAUUAAUUAAUUAAUACAAUUAACACCACCGGUUUCAUUGUCAAAUUUAAAAAUUUUGUUGGCUUUUUCUUCAAUGUUCACUGCUAUAAACUUGUUAGUACUUCCAAAAUGGCUUCCUUAUGUCGUGCAGAUAUGCCCACCAUGAAUAAACAAUAGCAGACAAUUGGCUAUGGUACACGUUGUUUACAAAUGAUGCAACAUCUGGAUUAUUUUAAAUAAAUAUUACAGUACAAAGAAGAUUG